AUGCUCAGUUCGGUUUGUGUCUCCUCUUUCAAAGGACGCAAGGGUGGGAACAAGUCGCCCAACAAAGCAUGUUACAGUGCAGACAUGACUUGUCCGUCAGACAGCGAGAAAAUCGUAAUAAACUGCGGAGGGGUGCGACACGAGACUUACCGCAGCACCCUCAAGACGUUGCCCGGUACCCGCUUAUCUUGGCUUACCGAUCCGGACGCGUUUAGCAACUUCGACUAUGACCCCAAAAUCGACGAGUUCUUCUUCGACCGCCACCCUGGCACAUUCACAUUCAUCCUCAACUACUACCGCACAGGCAAGCUUCACUGUCCCAACGAUGUGUGUGGCCCAUUGUUCGAGGAGGAGCUCGCCUUCUGGGGCAUCGACGAGACGGACGUGGAGGCGUGCUGCUGGAUGAACUACCGUCAACACAGGGAUGCCGAAGAGGCGCUGGACAGCUUCGAGCAGCCCGAGCCAGAGGAGCCGGAAGACGACCUGGAGCUGACUGCGGACGGAGAGCUCAAGAGGCUGUGCCUGCACGAAGACGGACGCAAGAGGAGCUGGUGGAGUGUGUGGCAACCCUAUUUCUGGAAUCUUUUUGAGGAUCCGUAUUCUUCCAAGAAUGCCAAGUACUGUGCGUUCCUCUCCCUUCUGUUCAUCCUCAUCUCCAUCACCACCUUCUGCCUGGAGACGCACGAGGCCUUCAACACCAUCUACAACAAAACAGAAAACGUGACGGUGGACAAUGUGACAAGUCAGGAGAUCGUCUACGAGGUGGUGACCGACGGCUGGCUCACCUAUGUGGAGGGAACGUGCGUCAUCUGGUUCACCAUCGAGGUCAUGAUGCGCGUGAUCUUCUGCCCAUGCAAGAAGGAGUUCUUCAGUAGCACCCUCAAUAUCAUUGACUUUAUUGCCAUCAUGCCCUUCUACCUGGAGGUGGCGCUGAGCGGUCUGGAUUCCAAAGCCGCCAAAGACGUGUUGGGCUUCCUGCGAGUGGUGCGCUUCGUCAGGAUCCUGCGUAUCUUCAAGUUGACUCGUCACUUCGUGGGUCUGCGGGUGCUGGGCCACACGCUCCGUGCCAGUACCAACGAGUUCCUCCUCCUCAUCAUCUUCCUCGCCCUCGGGGUGCUCAUCUUCGCCACCAUGAUCUACUAUGCCGAGCGCAUCGGUGCCGACCCUGACGACCCUACGGCCGCCAAACACACAAACUUCAAGAACAUCCCCAUUGGCUUCUGGUGGGCCGUGGUCACCAUGACAACUCUGGGCUAUGGGGACAUGUACCCCGAGACGUGGUCGGGGAUGCUAGUGGGCGCACUGUGUGCCCUGGCGGGUGUGCUGACCAUUGCCAUGCCUGUGCCCGUCAUCGUCAACAACUUUGGCAUGUACUACUCACUGGCCAUGGCCAAGCAGAAGCUGCCCAAGAGGAAGGGCAAGCACAUCCCUCGGCCCACCAUGCCGGGCUCGCCCAACUACUGCAAGCCAGACGCCCUGGCCAUGGCCACUGCCGGGCCGGGUAUGGUGGGCUCAGGCAGCCUGGGGGGAGGGGACUGCCCUCUGGCCCAGGAGGAGAUCAUCGAGAUCAACAGGACAGAUUCCAAGCAGAAUGGCGAUGCGGCCAAUGCAGCCCUGGCUAAUGAAGACUGCCCCACCAUAGACAUGGUGCUUGGGGAGGAGAGGAGUCCUGCUGCUGGGGGUCUGGGCACCGGCGGGAGCCGUGAGCGCUAUCCCCAUGACCGCGCCUGCUUCCUCCUCAGUACCGGAGAGUUCCGUGCUACAGACGGCAACGUGAGGAAAGUGUUGAGUUUCUAAAAUUACCCUUUCUGUCCAAGAAGAGGAACAACCUUAGGACACAAUUCACCCAGAGCUCCCUACUGGAUUCACUGUAGAAUGAAGGGAUACGUAACCGGAGAGAGAGAGAGAGAGAGAGAGAGAGAGAGAGAGAGAGAGAGAGAGAGAGAGAGAAAAAAGGAGAGAGAGCGAGAGAACGAAAGAAAGAAAGAACUGAAGGUGAUGAAGAGCGGAUGAUAGAAGACAAAGAGAGUCAAAAAGAUUAGUUCAUCCCUCCACACCAGAAGCAUCCAUUCGUUCCUGUGGACUCCUCAGUCAGCACCAUCCCUUAGAAAACAAAACUCCAGACCAACUCGUUCCUGUGGACUCCUCAGUCAGCACCAUCCCUUAGAAAACAAAACUCCAGACCAACGUGACAGACUUACAGUGACUCUGAGUACCUGGAAAAGCAUCACACUGAAACACAUACCUUAUGUCAGCAUACUUUACAGAGUCUUAUUAUACUAAGUCAUUGACAUUGAAAUCCCAGAAAUAAUAAAAGAAACAAACAAUAGAACAGACUGCCCCUAGGAAAGAGCCAAAGGGUUAUGGGAUAGUAGGACAGUGUUCCACAACUUGGUUGUCAUCCUACUGUGUCAUAGACCAUGUAUGCUUUUAACCACUGUCAAAUGUUCCCAUAGACAAAUUACAUCUUACCGGCUCUCAGAUACAGUAUAUUCAAUUGUUUUUAAAUCUUCCUAUUUAGUACUUCAAAGAUCGGACGUACAGUAGGGUAGGCUAUAUAAACAAGCUACUGCAGUGGUCUGAGAUGACUCAACAUAGUCAGCGUGGAUGUGACUACAGAAAACGAGAGCCAGGUGCUAGCCAACGGCCAAAUACAUUUACAUCACAGUAAUUGUACUGUUUUACAGCCAAACACUAUGCAAAGCUAUGAGGCUGAACAACCAUUGCAUCCAGUGACUCUUGAGUCAGCCCGCUAUGGUGACACUACCUUCUUAUGUUCAGUCAGUCACACCUGUUGGACUGUUUUCAUCGAUUUUACAGCCCUCCUCUUACCUCUCACAAGAGACACACUUCAGAAGAUACUGAAUUAUGGGCCCCAAUAGUAGAGCAACCAGGCAUAUAGUAUACCAGGCCAUUGGCCAUUUCAUAUAAACCUGUGCGUAGAUCUGAAAUACGAUACACUCCCUGACUGACUGAUGCUGACGCGUGUUGCAUGAGAGUGUUUCGGCUGACCCUAACAGAUCUACUCAUCGACCACUUUGAAGGAUUUGGACCUAAAGAAAACCAGUGUGCGCGUGUGAGAGUGUGUGUGCUGAAGAGUUGACGCCAAAGGAGAGAGACACUGGAAGCAUCCGCAACGCGCAUGCCAAGAACGGGAAGCGACUGCUGGAAAACAAGGACAUACAUUGCCCUCACCUUCUCGCUCUCAAUCUCUCCCUCUCUUUAUCUACACCCCUCUGCAUCUCAGCAUUGCUCCUCCUCCGUAGCAAACUGCAUGGCAUGAUCGGAAAAAAAACCUGAAGAACGAAACGUAGAGAACAAAAGGAUGGAGAGAGAGACCAGAGAGACUUUCUUUUUUAAAACCAAACAAUCAAACAAUCAUUGUCACAUCAACCUUUUUCAAAAAUAUCCAAUUGGUAACUAUUUGCAAGUGUCAAGAUAACAAAUGGUCAACUGCUCGCGGAGAGAGUGGCUACUGUAAAGGUCACUCUCCUUUCUGUAGAAAGAGCACUGCACCUCUGGGGGGAUCAGAAAGAUUUGCAAGGAAGUGCGAGAAAAUAGCGGGAACAGGGUGAACUUUGAUAAACAAUUCCGGGGAAAAAAAGUGAAAAUGCAUUUUUAUUCCUUUGUUUACCAGCAUGACUAUUCUGCAUGAGUCUACUUCUGCAAGCCCUCACCCCACCCCCUCCGUAAAAAAAGAGGGCUAGGAAUUGAAAAAAAGAACAAAAUCGAGAGGAAACAAAAAAUAUUUAUGUUAUAUGCAACUAAUAAAAAAAAGAAAAAGAGCAGGAUUAUAUUAAAAAAAAGAUCUAUAUUUUGUUUUGGGAUAAUAAAAAAGGAAUAACGAAAAAAAAAUAUAGGAUUGCAAGAUACACAUUGAACAAUGUUUUCUUAGAUAAAUAAGAUACAAACACCACCAAAUCUACCAGAGAUGAACUAUGCGAUGAACUUCCCCUGAUACUACAACUACUCUACUACUACUUUGAUGACUACUCUUCUUGUGCUCUGCUACUUCUUCUUCUACUGCUCUCACUCUCUGGUCCUACCGCCCUGAUUGUGUCCACUGCUGCCAAUUCUCUGUCUUCCACCCCACUGUCCAUCCAGGUCCCCUCUCCACUGUCUGUCUGUAUAACUAUGUUUAGUUGACUGUACUCAGAUCCGAUGGGUCAUAUUCACUAGGAUCCAAACGGAAGCAAACUGCCCGGAACGGGAGGGACUAUCCCUGAACUUGUCUAACACGUUUUCCGCUGCAAAGCUGUUUGCUACGGUGUGCACUAAUGAAUAGGACCAUGAUGGACUCUGUUGUUGUUCUUUCAGUCUCGUGCUCAAGGUGGGAGAUGGCAGCUUCACCACCGGGACGCGGUUGUAGACUCUAUAAGGUCUCGGCUAGCUAAAGCAGUGUAGCGAUACCUAGCGGAGAUCAGACCUCACACCGUCCCCAGGCUAAUUGCCUACAGAGCAAUUGGAGAAAGUAUCUGAUCUAAUGAACGAGAUUCGCGAUGACCUAAUACAAUAAAUUACAUCGAUUGGAUCGUGUAGCCCAAUAACACUGUAGCUAGCUAGCACAUGUAGCACUGCACUGACUGGCCAGAUAGUGUCAUAUUAGCUCAGCCCUGAUAUUGUACGUGUACGAUGCAUAGCUUUGUACUGCUAUGACAUAAUGUACUGUAGGCCUAUUUCCAUGAUUAUAGGGAUGUGCAUAACGUGUCAUUGUGGCAUUUAACAUAAUCCCCCCCCAAGAUCGCUAACUCUACAGCCCUUGUGACGUCAACAGUGUUUGUUUUACACAUACUGGCGCCCCCUGCGUUGGUGAAGCAGCCAUCUUUGCUCCAAUUCCUCAGGUGGGGAUAGCAUAUUUCCAGGAAAAUUGCUGUUCAAAUAUGCAUGAAGGGAAUGCCGAACGGUCUAUCUAUGCCAUCAUAUUGAGCUUAUCUAGAUGAAUUGUUGUUGUUUCUGUUGAUGAACAAAAGCUCAUGUUGACCUUCCACCUCCACUGCCUGUUUUGCAGUAUGGCUGGAUGCAUCACACCAGGCACCACCGCAUGCUAAACAACAGAUUGUGGGGUUUUAUUUCCCCCUGUUUUUCCAUGUUUAUUUUCAAGUGAAAACUAAUGUUGCUAUGUUCAGUUUCUAGGCCUGUAUGUAUAGGUCAUAUAUCGCCAGUCACCACAAACCCUCUAGCUAGGCCUACAUCAGAGUUUGGAUAAUAUGCUGCUGAUGUAGCCUACUCGUUGUCGACCUCUACUGGGCUCCAGUGUGUUGCAGGGGAUGUAGUUUAUCCCCAGUGAAGAGUGUCAUCAUCUGAGCCGUGGUUCGUCUCUGGUGACACUGGUCUAGCCGAGUGGCAGCAGAGCAGGGUUCAUCUCAAGGGUGGUAAUUUAAUGUUACAAUGGAGGAGGCGUGUUAAUUAUGUUUGGGGUCACAUUCAUUGACCGUGUCAAAUACAAUUUGGGUCACGUUCAUUUGCAUAUUGCUAGUUUAUAUUUUUGUCUCAAAUGAGUGUGAACUUGCCAAAACUGUUGCUUUGUUUCUGUUUGUUUAUUUGUUAUUACGCAAUGAUGAAGAUUUUGAUGAUGUUCCAGAGAUGCUGGGGGCUAACUGUACUGAGAACUGAGCAACUACCUAUGCAAGAGUUUGACUGUAGCAUAUGAUUAUACUUCAGUGUUUCAUUGUGCCAAAGGAGUUCAGUGUGUUAGGUCUGUCUGUUAUGUGGGAGGGCAAGAAUGGGGCAGGGUAAUGGUGGAAAAAAAGGGGCAGCUACUAUAUCUAGCAUGGUGCAUUGUUUACUGAAGUGUGUGGGGGUUAAAGUAAUUAGAAUAGGGGGGUCAGGGGUCUCCCCUGGGUCUACCCUGGAGUUUGCCACUCAGGAUAUGUCCCUGUACUCGCAGUUUUCAUUUGAUACACUGGAUCUCUGUCAUUCAUCACCUUAUGUCUGAUUCCUCCCCCUUUCCUUCUCCUCGACCCCCAUCCCUUUCAUAUUCAUUCCCUCUCUCCCUCUUUCAACUCCUGCCUACUCCUUCUUUCACUCUCUUCCUUUCCAAAAAAAGUGUAUUAUGGCACUAUGUUUGUUACCAAAAGGAUGACUUGAAAUGAUAGAGACAUGUAAUCAUAGAUUAUGGAAGGAUGCAUCACUACUAGACAUUUCAUUCUGAAGAUGGAAAUUAUUGUUUGUGGGGUAGAGAAGGAGAGGGAUCUGGUGCAAGGUGGAUGGGAAGAAGAGGGGAGGGGCACAACUGGCUUAGGUACAGCUAAAGACAGAGGUGAAUGGAUCAUACCCCCCCCCCCCCCCCCCCCAUCAUCCUUCUGGUAGCACAACCCACACAGACCGUUCCAUUUAAAAUGUUGGGAGGGGGGGAUAUUGUCAGAGCAAUAAUUUCUUCCAAACCCUCAAUUUUGUGGGGGAGUCCAAUGCCAUUUACACAAACUUACUGUCAAAGUAACCUUACCACCUCAACAAAAAAAUAACUCACAAAAAAACCUCUUAAUGUUUCCAUCUUGAUUUUAUAGCAUGAAUACACACAUCUAGUCUCUGAGUUUUGGGAUGGGUUUUCACAAAACAGGUGGUGAAUAUACUGUGAAUAACCGCCACCUUAUGUGAAUGGCUGUACUACCACAGUUGUGAGUCUGACUGUGUGUUAAUAGGAAUGUGUGUGUGUGUGUUUGUGUGUGUGGGCUACCUGAAGACAUGUGCAGGUGGGGGUGUGUGUGAUCCAGCUCCUGAACUUGGCCACACCCACUUUAGAGGAUUGACAGCUCAACACUUGCAUAACUUUACUUGAAACCCAAAUACAAAACAUAUCAAGAGAGGAGCAGAGUAAAGCCAGAAAACCCGCUGUCAUAUAUUCUCUUUCCCCGACGUCUUCCUCCCUCUCAUCCCCGUCUCCUAUCCCCUUCUCUUUCUCUCCCUCCACACAUGUUUGAGGAAGAAGCUCUUUUUGCAUCCUUGUUCUUGUGUUUUUCUAACAUAUUGUUUGAAGUUCAAUUCUAAUGCAUGCGUGGGAGAAAAAAAAGAUGACUUAUUUGUGAAUGGCCAGAAUGAAGUAACUCUCUUUUCGCCGGCAAUCUCUGUCUUCCUCUUUCUCUGUCAGCCAGUGGUGAGAGGAUGGGGGGGGGGGGGGGGGGUGUAUGUAUGCAAACUGAAACAUACUCUUAAAAAAAAGAAAUCUAUAUCACUUUUAAUUAUGUACAUUUUUUUGUUAUAUUUUUGUUUUAUUGCAGUGUGGCUUGACUGAAUUGGUAGAAAUACACUGGCUAUCUUUCUGUGUAUUGCACUUGGGAGGUGAAAUAGGCUCAGUUUCAUGAGUCCGAUAUCUUUCCUGAUACACACACAACAGUCCGGGAUAUCUCAGCAGUGCUAGUAGCAUAGCGCCAAUCUGUCCAUUCUGUUACAUUUUUACAUGUCCAUCUGUCUUUUGCAUCUGUACAUCUCUACAUAUAAUUUUGCCUGUCACUUCUUCUGUCUAUAACAGUAGAUUAUUUAUGUACUAAUCUACCACUCCAGAUACAGAUAUGUCAAUAUCAUUGCUUUACUUACAUUUUUAUCUGUUAUUUUUUCUUAUGUGGUGCUUUUAUUUAUUUUCUUAUCAUUUGUUGACUUGUUUACUCUUUUGUCUGAUUUGUGGUUUUGUUGCUGAUUUGUGUUAUGAUUUUUACAUUUGAAAGAACAUUGCACUACUAGCGCCAAUGCAGCUAAUGUUUCUAUUGGUCCUGCCAACUGUUGUGACUACAUCACCGCUAAGGGAAUAAGGCACUGGGUGCAGCCAUGCCACUUUCCUAUCAGGGGAGAAAGAGAGGGAAGACAGAGAUGGAAGAAGAGAAGGCUACUACAAUAACACUGAAUGGGAUUUAUGCUAUAAAGACUGAUACUGGAUACAAUUUUAAUGUCAUAACACAGAAACAAAAGAAUCAAGAACUGUAUAAAAUAUAUUUCAAUGGAAUGUUUAUAAUUUACCUUUUAUAUUUUUGAAACGUGUAAAGAAAAAAAGAUUAAUAAACAGUAAUAAUUUAACAAACCAGUUUGUGAAAAAAGAGACUUAAACACAGUUCUAUUAUUAAAAGUAUGAAAGUUUGAAAGUGAAUGCUAAUUAAACUGAAAAACUCUUCUCCAUUGCAGAUAGGAAAAAUAAAACAAGAAUAAUAAAACAACAAAAAACAAAAAUUAACUGGAAAAACAAGCAAAUCCAAUUCAAAGAGAAAACAUCGAAAACUCGAUAAAAAUAUUAAAAGCUUAUGCCAAAAUGUUCUAUUUGUGUCCUGUGCAUUCUUUGUACAUCUAGCUAACAAUUCCUAUCACAACUGAUAUUAUGGAGCUUACUGACUGACGCUCAUGUUGAGGACAUUUAGGGGUCAUAGUUAAAACAUGAUUAUUACAGCACAAACACAGUCAACUCUUAUUUUGUUUAUCCUAAUAAAAUGGCACAUUUAAUACAUUACAUUCAAGUCAAACAUCCCAAAUGUUUUUUAUUCAAAAUACAUGUUUCAUACAUUUUUAUAAACUUC